AUGUCGAUUUGUCAAUGUUGUUGUCGUCAAGAAUUGCUUAAAUCUCAUCGACAUUCGAUGAGUAGUAUUGGCGAUAGUGAACAAGAAGCGCAAAAGCGCAGCCUAAAAAAUAUAAAAGGACUGUGGCAUGAUACAUUUCGAGCAUUAAAAAAGUCCACAACGUCUUCAAGUGGCCAUGGUGUUGAUGAGCCUCGUCUGGUAUGUUAUAGUAAUCCUCAUAGAUAA